AUGGUGCACAUCCCUGUGUCGGCUCUCGGCGUGGGAUGUUGCUGCAGAUGCUGGGGUGAGAGAGGUGUGGGACACGGCUACCUGAAGGGGAUUCCCAGGGAAGACACUUCCGUCUCAGAAUUCACAGGAAAGCACGGAGGUGCAUUUGUACUGAGACCAUCACCCUGGACACGUACAGGAAGUCAGGGGAACAUACAGUACAAACAGGAGACACCGUUCUGCCUCGGAUUUGGACACCUUCUCCCCUACUCCAUGUCAGAUUCUAAUGCACCCAACUUCACCAACCCCUCCACCUUCAUCCUGCUGGGCAUUCCUGGCCUGGAGACGGCCCACAUCUGGAUCUCCAUCCCCUUCUGCACCAUUUAUGCCAUAGCCAUAUUGGGGAACUUCACCAUCCUCUUUAUUGUCAAGAUGGAGCAGAGCCUUCAUGAGCCCAUGUACUAUUUCCUCUGCAUGCUGGCCGUCACCGACCUGGUUGUGUCCACGUCCACCCUGCCCAAAACACUGAGCAUCUUCUGGUUCAAUUCCAGGGAGAUCGAUUUCAGUGCCUGCCUCACCCAGAUGUACUUCAUUCAGUGCUUCUCAGUGAUGGCAUCUGGGAUCAUUGUGGCCAUGGCUUUGGAUCGCUACGUGGCCAUCUGUCAUCCCCUGAGACAUUCCACCAUCCUGACAAACCCCGUGGUGGCCACGAUUGGCCUGGCCGUGGUGUUGCGUGGCUGCAUGAUCGUACUGCCAACUCCCUUCCUGGCGAGGCAAUGGCCAUAUUGCAGAACCAACAUCAUCCCCCACACAUACUGUGAUGGCAUGGCCGUGGUGAAGCUGGCCUGCGCUGACACCCAUGUCAGUAGUUACUAUGGCCUCUCUGUGGCAUUCUUGGUGAUGGGUCUGGAUGUGUUUUUUAUCACCGUGUCCUAUACUCAGAUCCUCAGGGCCAUCUUCAGCCUCCCCACAAAGGACACCCGGCUCAAGACUUUUAGGACCUGCAGCUCCCACCUCUGUGUCUUCUUAGCCUUUAGCAUCCCAGCUCUCUUCUCCUUCCUCACUCAGCGGUUUGGCCAGAAUGUGCCCCUGCAUUUCCAUGUUCUCAUGGCCAACAUUUACCUCCUGGUGCCCCCCAUGUUAAACCCCAUCAUCUACGGGUUGGGGACCAAACAUAUUCGGGACAGGCUGCUCCAGCUCUUUACUUGUAAAGGGACCUAA